AUGAGAUCUGUCCAUAGUCAUGAUAUUGCCUAUGCGACGGCAAUCAAAAGGGACGUGGAUGUUCUAAUUGCAUGCGAACCAAAUAAAAAACGGGUAAGCUCAAACAACUGGAUAAAAGAUAAGAAAUCUGAUGUGGCAGUACUGUUCAUUAAUAAAAGAAUAGAGGUCUUGAACGUAACGAUGGAAGAAGGAUACAUAUGUAUAGAACUGAGAAAGUGCCGUAUAUAUUGUUGCUACAGUUCUCCCAACAUUUCGCUUGACAGGUUUAAGGCGAAUCUAGAUGGGGUGAUGGAAGACAGUAGGAAGACAGAUGGAGAGACCAUUAUCCUGGGCGACCUAAACGUCAAAUCACCACAAUGGGGAUCGGAUGUAACUGACCCUAGAGGAGAAUACCUCAUGGAAUGGCUAGCUGCAACAGAUAUGACAACUCUCAAUACCGGAGAAACACCAACAUUCUCCAGGGGAAAUAGUGUAUCAUUCAUUGAUGUCACCUGUGCCACUGCAAAUAUUGCGAAGAAAAUUAACAAAUGGCAAGUUCUGGAGGAAGAAUCGCUUAGUGACCAUCGGUUCAUCUAUUUUGAAAUUGAGGACCAGAUACACACUAAAAAAGGUGUAGAAAAAGAGAAACCAGUAUACGACUGGGACUGUUUCAGAACCACCCUAGAGUGGAGGGUGAAGGUCGCAAAUACCCUCAAUGCAGGAAGUGUAGCGAAAGAAUGUACGCAAAUGCUGAAGGAAACAUGUGGAGCUAGCCAGGUACACAGAAGCGUGAAACAAAAAUCAUUACUACCUUACUGGUGGAGUAGUGAGAUAGAACUGCAGAGAGCCAAAUGCAUCCGAAGUAGACGGCGGUUGACAAGGAGUAACGGAGACAACGACAAAAAUGGAGAAAACGUAAUUAAGGAAGAAUACAAAAAAUCCAAAAAGAAGCUAAAAGACCUUAUCAGCAGAUCAAAGGCUAAACACUGGCAAAGCCUCUGUGAAGAGCUGGAUAAUGACAUAUGGGGAAAUGGAUACAAAAUUGUCACCGGACGAUUGACCAACAAAUUGCCCGUGGAUCUGACGUUUGAAAAGAGGAGGGAGGUUGCAAAGGAGUUGUUCCCCCAAAGUGAACACAAAAUAAAGGCUCCACUGCUGAUUAGUGAAGUCGAGCCUUUUACCAAGAAGGAAUUACUGAGGGCAGUAGAAAACAUAAAAAAUGGGAAGGCACCAGGGGUGGAUGGAAUACCACCGGAAGCAGUAAAAGAGGCCGUAAAAGCCGUUCCGGACUGGAUGCUCUUUGUCUUCAAUGAACUUUUAAGGACACAAAAAUUCCCAGUUGAUUGGAAAGUGGCUAAAUUGAUCCUUCUACCAAAAGGGAAGUCAGCGAUGGAGGGUCCAUCAGGAUAUAGGCCGAUUUGCCUUUUAAAUACCUUAAGCAAACUAUACGAGGUAUUAAUAAAGAGCAGGCUCGAGAGCGAGUUAGAGGUAAAUGGGGGGUUUUCUGACCAGCAGUUUGGAUUUAGAAAGGGACGAUCGACAAUACAGGCCAUCGAGAAAGUACUAAAGAAGAGAAAUCGAACAGAAGAUAAAUGGUGUACUCUAGUAACGAUUGACAUCAAAAAUGCCUUUAACACGGCAUCGUGGACGAUCAUAAUCAACGAGCUUCAAAGCAGAGGUAUUUCACAGUACCUGAUAAAUUUGAUAUAUAGCUACUUUGAAGGGAGAACAAUUAGAGUAAACAAGAGAGAAGAGAUGGAAGUCACAGCCGGGGUCCCGCAAGGGUCAGUCCUGGGUCCGUUGCUUUGGAAUAUCCUUUAUGAUGGAGUGCUUAGGAUGGAACUGACAGAAAAAGCAAUGUCAGUGGGGUUCGCCGACGAUUUAGCGCUGGUCGUAACAGCCGCAAAUGAAGACGAACUGCUCUACGGUGUCAACGAAUCACUUAGACGCAUUAAGGUGUGGAUAGAGCAACAUGAUCUCGAGCUGGCAGCACAGAAAACAGAAGCUGUCAUAAUGAAAGGACCAAGGAAAAGAAAACAUCUGCGCUUCACAAUUGGAGGAAUGGAAAUUACUCCGUGUAAAGCGUUAAGAUACCUGGGGGUGGUGAUCGAUGAGGGUGGUACAUUUGGAGAGCACCUAGAGAAAGCAGUGAAUAAGACUGAAAAGAAGUCUGCAAUCCUAGCUAGGUUGAUGCCAAACUUGGGCGGACCAAGGACGUGUAAGAGAAUGGUACUGUGCGGGGUGGUCCAUUCAAUUUUGCUGUAUGGGGCCCCUGUUUGGCACACGGCACUGCAGAAAAAUAAGUAUAAGAUGAUGCUCGAAAGGACCCAGAGAAGAAUACUAUUACGUGUUGUAAUGGCCUACAGAACGGUGUCGGCAAAAGCAGUUUAA